CAGUUCCUGACACUACCACCCUAACUAAGCGUAUAAUGCUAUCAGAUUCAUCGAAGAUAUUUGAUCCAUUGGGUCUCAUAUCUUGCGUCACCAUCGUUGUCAAGAUUCAUUUCCAACGUCUCUGGGAACAGGGAGUUCAGUGGGACGAUCCUCUUCCUCCAGACAUUGAGCAAGACUGGCUGACAUGGAGAAAGGGACUACAUCUGAUCUCUUCAUUACGAAUCCCACGAUGUUACGCACCACUGGAMGCGAAGAUCAUCUCUAAACAACUAGUAGGAUUCUCUGACGCUAGUGAGAAGGCUUACUGUGGCAUCGUCUACUUGCGCUGUCUUGACACGGCSGGCGGAGUUCACCUCUCUAUCGUCAUCGCAAAGACCAAAGUUGCACCACUAAAGAAGGUKUCACUACCACGCCUCGAACUUUGCGGAGCAUUGUUACUAGCACGACUCCUGAGACACGCCCAACAUGUGCUUAACAUUGCUGCCAACGACGUCCGUGCCUUCACAGACAGUACAAUAKUUCUUUACUGGAUACAUGGAAGCAGCCAUUGCUUCAAAACGUUCGAAGCAAAUCGCAUCYCUGAAAUCCAACAGCUAGUACCUCCAGAAUCAUGGUCUCACGUCAGUGGAGUUGAUAACCCUGCUGAUGCUGGAUCACGUGGCAUCCUACCSCAAGACGCACUACACCACGACCUUUGGUGGCACGGGCCACCAUGGCUAAAGAAUGACGAAACGACUUGGCCUAACAAGCCCAACCUUCGUCCAACUCCUGAAUCACUCAUGGCAUCAGGWUACGAUGAAAGCGCCUUGYAAGUCAAGRCCGAGAGCGCUGUGAACGCACACGUGGUCUCAACAAAUUCACCAGUCAUCGAUCUAGAGGCAUUCUCAAACUACACGAAACUGAUCAGAACAACCGCCAGAGUCUUCCGUGUUGUCAAGCGGGAGCAUCUGUACAAGAAUACCCCCCUCACCAUAGAAGAGAUACAAAGAGCAGAGCGGUACUUAAUCAAGGAGUCGCAACAGAAGUACUUCCCGCAAGUCAUCAAACAGCUCACMGACAAGAAACCACUGUUGAAGAGUGACAAGUUGCAGCCUCUAAAUCCAUUCCUGGAUAAAGAUGGCCUAWUGAGAGUCGGCGGUCGACUAAGUCAGUCCUCGCUUGGUUAUGAUUCUCAGCAUCCCAUCAUUCUACACAGUAAAGACCGCCUGGCUGAACUUCUGGUAGAUCGUGAACACAGACGGCUAUGUCAUGCUGGCCCGAAGUUAACGCUUGGCUCCUUACAACAGAAAUACCAUAUAGUUGGUGCACGCAGAAUGGUCAGACGACAUACUCAGACCUGUGUAAUCUGCAAGCGAGCUGCCCCUACCACAGUCAGCCAACUCACGGGUCAAGUACCAUCUGCUAGACUUCGCCCAACACACGUAAACGACAAGGUCUCAGUAGACUAUGCUGGCCCACUUACUAUCAAAGGAGGUGCGAAAAGACGACCAACGUAUAUCAACGCCUAUGCUGCUAUCUUUGUUUGCUUAGAAACAAAGGCGUGUCACAUUGAGCUGGUUUCUGACCUGACAGCUGAAGCCUUCCUUGCAGCCCUCAGACGUUUCGUAUCAAGAAGGGGAAAGCCAUCACAAAUGUGGAGUGACAACGGCACUCAAUUUACUCGCACAAGCAAAGAUUUGAAGGAGCUCUACCAAGCCCUCAAGGAACAGCCGACACAGAAUCGCAUCGACGAUUGGUGCAGUACUCAAGGUAUUCAAUGGAACUUUAKUCCUCCCACUGGYCCACAUCACGGAUCCGUAUGGGAGAAUKGAGUGAAAGCCUGCAAAUUCCACCUUAAACGCAUCGUAGGAAACAGUAAACUAAACUUCGAAGAACUCACAACAACCCUGACACAAAUUGAAGCCUGCUUAAACUCAAGGCCGAUAGUCAACACACUCGACGCCAACGACGACGAUKGCAUAUCACCACUGACACCUGGACACUUCCUCAUCGGAAGACCGUUGGAAGCCAUCCCCACCGUAGCUGAUUCAAGCACUCCUCUCACCAACCUCAAGCGUUGGCAGUUAUGCCAAACCUUAGUACACCACUUUUGGAAACGUUGGUCACUCGAGUACUUAAACUCCUUACAACGCAACCAAAGGUGGAGGAAACCRCAGCGCAAUCUCAAGGUUGGAGACGUGGUCUUAAUGAAGGACAACAGGACUUCACCAGGCGAAUGGCCUCUGGCAAGAGUCACCGUACUGCAUCCAGGACCUGACAAUCUCGUCAGAGUUGUUACCGUCGAGAACAACAAGGGAAAGUACAGAAGACCUAUUGUAAAGCUCUGCCUUCUAAUGGAGGCUGAAGAAGACAAGCAAUAGACACUUGAACAUUGACACUUAUAUUCUCAAGUUAUUUUUAUCAAUUAGUAUAAAGGACACAUAUAAUCAUGAACAAGUUAAUUAUAUUUUGAUAAAUCAAGGCCGGCGGAAUGGACACGCCACAUUUUUGUGUCACGCAAUAUUAUAUUUACACUAGAUUAUGAUUGACAUUUUAAUUGUUUUGUAACUAUAUGUAAUCGGAUACACAAGCACAUGGUUGUUAACUACAAGGCUU